UAAAUUAAUCUUGAACAAAUAGUUUCCUCGGUCUCAUCCCUAUCUUAGUCCACGAAAAUCUGCCAAACGAAUAAGUUGUCUUUCUUUCGGUUGAUUAUCAGAAUAAUUUGUGAAAUCGUCAUGCAUACCGUGUUUCUGGUUUUGUGUCUAGCAUCGCUAGUGGGAGGAAAUAGUCAGCUAACUAUUGAAGAGGUGUUGGCUCGAGUGAACCGUCUUCCCCAGGCAUUGGCGAAUGUCGUAUCCAGAGCAACAAAUGAGGUCCAUCUAAAGUCAAUCGAAAUCGAUAACAGCAAUAGGAUAGUUGGUGGGGAAGAGACUACCAUCGAAGAAUAUCCAUAUCAAGUCGCCCUAAUGUAUCAAGGUCGGCAGAUUUGCGGUGGUUCGAUAAUAGCCGAUUCAUGGGUCCUUACUGCAGCACACUGCUUGGACUGGGCGCCACUCAAUGCCGAUCUAUCGAUACGCUCUGGAAGCUCCUCACGUUCAAGGGGAGGCACUAUCCAUACCGUAUACUACUACCACAUCCACGAGGAGUACAACCCACUGGAUUAUCCAAGGGAUGUUGCCACAGUCCGCGUUAGAUUUCCAUUCAGUGCAACAACAAGUGCGGUCUUACCAAUUGCAAGCACAGUAUGGAUUUCCGGAGAGGCUACCGUAACUGGAUGGGGAAAGAACGCGGAUGGUUUAAUUCCUGACAAUUUGGCAAAAGUAACGAUCCCCGUGGUCAGCCAAGCAACUUGUAACACAACGUGGGACGGACUGAUAACAGACGACAUGAUAUGUGCCGGUGAUAUGGGAGUUGACUCGUGUGACGGAGAUAGCGGUGGGCCCGCUGUUCAAAGUGGUAUCCAGUAUGGCAUUGUGUCAUGGGGUGCCACCACUUGCGGCACUGGACUUCCUGGAGUAUAUACAAAUAUAGCGCAUCCUGCAAUUAGAAAUUUUAUCAAACGAACAACUAUGAAGUGAAAAUAAUACUGUCAAAUUUGUCUGAACUGAACAAAGAUUUGAAAUCGUAUUCUAGUAGGGCAAAGGAUUAUUUCGGCCACUUAGUUUUGUAUUAAUAGAAAGUUGAAGGAACAUUUUGCUGU